GUACCCGCCCGCGUACCCGUGCCGCUUCCCUACCAUCGCCAUCGCCAUCGCCCGGUCUUGCGGCGCGGUGCAGCUCCGCUGUCCAGCCCGUGCCGCUCCCCCAACUCACCUAGCACGCCGUGCUUCCCCGCCUCUGCCAUCGCCCAGACUCAGGACUAGGAGGGGGCCCCCACGGUGGCACGCUCGGUGAGGAGAAGGUGCGGCCGACCCUAGGGCGGCGAGCCGACAGCGGACUUCGGAUGUGGCAAGAAGCAGCGGAUUUGGGGGCUGACGUCUCGGGCGCGGCGAGCCGCCGGCUGGCCCGAGGGCGGCGAGCCACCUGCGCAUUCGGAGGCGGCCAGCGAGCCUUGCUCGUCGAGAGGAACGAGGGAAGAGGGGGACGGAUGGGCUACAGCGGCGAUUAGGCGCCAGCCGGCCAACCGGCGCUUAGAGGGGAAGAGGUGUUCGGAGCGGGCGGGGCGCAUGGGGGGAGAGAGAGGGGAUGCCUUCCGCUUCGCCUGCUGCCGCGUUGCUAUGACCCUUCGCCACCCAGCAGCAUCCUGCCGGCGGAGCUGUUGCCACCCGUGCCGCUGAUUUGUUGCUGAGAAGGAGCUCGUGGUGCUCUCGUGCUUUGCUGGAAGCUAGAGCUGCUUGUGUGCUUGCUUGUGGAUUACUGAGUUGCAAAUGAACAGGAUUGGGGUUCGGAAGAUGAGUAAGAAAAGGCUACAACUACCUUCAGAUUAGAUCAAGUGUACUACAAAGCUAGAAUAGUCUGAAUUUGUUGAAUUUUUUUUUGCCUUUUUUCUUAUAGUUCCUACAUAUUGCCAGUAGGAAUAAAAAUCCCAUCCUUCAAGAAAGCCACUUAGUGAUCAUACAUAGGGCCCACAUCUUACUAUGUGCAAGUCUGCAAUAUUAGUGAGGUUUUACUUUUGGGGCAACAAAAAUUUAAACUACUAAUCUUUGUAUAGUUUUGUGUAGAAGAAUUGUCAUCUGAUUCAAGUUUUCUUUAUCACAAUAAUCAAAUUAUAGGUUCCAUCAAUAGUUUAUAGGCUGGAUCAAUAGUUUAUCACAAUAAUCAAAUUAUAAGUAUGAUGGAUCCACCAGUCUUAAAGAUUUUUCAAAAUACGUGCGGCAGCACGUACAUUUUACUAGUACAAUAAAAAUAUAGAAAGAUACGAAAAUUUAUAUCGAAUAAUAAUAUUUAUAAUAUAUAAGAUCAUUUACUGUGGCAACACAAGGAUAUAUUUGCCAUUAAUUUUGAAGUCGGAAAAACAAACUUCGCGGUGGAAAGCUAAACACGUACUUGUCUCAACACAGCACAGAAGAAUGCGAAACACAAUGGCUUCCUCUUCCCCUCAUUUGUACGGCGUCUUCUUCCUUGCUGUACUCAAGAAUUCGUCGCCGCCGCUCUCCGAAUCCCGGCACCGAUUAGCUCAAGCCUGGCCGGGAUGGAAACCGAGAGGGAGAGCACGAAGCCCACCGCAGUGCCGCCGUCGGCCGCGAUCUCAGCGGUGCUCGGCGACGACGACCUCCUCCGUGAGAUCCUGCUGCGCCUCGCCUUCCCCACUACCCUCGUCCGCGCCGCCCUCGUCUCCAGGCGCUGGCUCCGGCACGCCUCCGACCCCGCCUUCCUCCGCCGCUUCCGCCGCCUCCACCCGCCCGCGCUCCUCGGCUUCUACCUCAGGGAACUGGGCGCGCGGGCCCCUCGGUUCGUGCCCGUCUCGCGGGCCCCGGAGCUCGCCACCGCGAUCCGCCGCGCGGGCGCAGCCGCGGGCCAGUUCUUCAUCAGCGACUGCCGGAACGGGCGCCUCCUCGUCACGGACUUCGACCCCACGGCCUGCCGACACGCGGUGCUCAGCCCGCUGCGCCCUGCGCAUGGGAAGACCGUCCUCCCGCCGGCGCCGAAGCGGAGUCUGAUAUGGUUCUUCCUCCCCGAAAAAGCCGCCGGCGGCGGCGCCGUCGCGGUAUUGAUGCUGCCUCUUGGUACGAGUACGAAAGCAAAGCUCCAAGUGGAUCUGCUCGCUUCAGGAUCUGGCGCCUGGGUCGUCCGCCGCACUGCGGUGAUAGAUCUCCCGGAGACAUUGCCUCCAAUCGCGUACACGCUUCCACCAGUCCGAGGCAAGAUCUACAGCUUGACCAAGUCUGGGCGUAUUCUCCGGUUGGAUAUGAACGCCGCGGAGGGCUCUCUUCUCCAGCUGCCGGAAAGAGUGAGCACGGACAACUUCACGCUCUCAAGUGGCGAGGAGGGUUCGAUGCUGUUCCUCAUCCACGCUGAAGGGGAUCUGCUCAGCAUCUGGCAGCUUCCGACGACCAGCAGCGAUGCCCAUGACUGGGCGCUGGUGCAUGACAGAGUUCCUGUGCGUGAGGCGUGCCGUCGUCGUGAGGAUGUUUUGGUGCUGGCAGUUGAUGAUAAUCUGGAGCUUGUGUUCCUGUGGCUGAGGUCAAGUGCGGUUCUCAUGCAUAUGCAUCUCAAGAGCAGGAGCGAGAAAGUGUAUGACGAAUUGAAGGUGCGUGACGGGCGCUUCUUGGAUAUCAACCCCUUCAUGAUGGUUUGGCCUCCGGUCUUCCCAGCAUUGAGGGAUGACGACAAUCUUGAUGGAUGAUCUCUUAACUGUAUGACCGCUAUCCACUUUGUGUAUGUAUUUCCUUCCCUGUCUUUGACUUGAAAAGAUCUCAGUAUGGUUGUGAUACAUCUGCUGAUUCAGAAGCUUACCUAGUUGUGAGUUGUGACUUUUGUAGAGUGCUUGGAUCUCUUAUUGUUUGCCUGAGUAGACCACGCUUAAUAAUUCCUUUACUGGCAUAACUUUUGUAAUUCUGAACUUCUGUUCUGCAGUGAGGUAACAUAGAUGCAGAGGAAACUGAAAAAAAUAUGAGUGGGUAAUCAGUAAUCACAGGGUCAUGUCUCUCUACUUUGUGUACAAAUGUACAAUGCCUGUGAUCAAUCUGUUCAAUUAGAAUAUUAUUAUCUGUA